GAAAUAAUGGCGACGUUGUUGGGGUCCGAAUCCCCUUGUACAUGGGGAAAGCGAAGGAGCCGCAACAGGAAUAUUAUCACAAGAAUAAGUCAGAGUCAGAUCUCAGGGCGAGGUUUUAGCAGAGGGACGCAGCUUCCAGAGGCACUACUGCAGGAGAGGGACAAGCGAGCCAGGUGGCAUGGAAUCCCAGUGCUACUGCAGAAACUAUAUGAGAGCAGCCACCUCAAUAGUGACUUCACUCAGACGCAUGCUGUGCUUAAGGAGUUGUCGUCCUUGCUCUCCAUGGAGGCCAUGUCAUUUGUUACAGAGGACAGGAAGACUGCACAGGAAUCCACCUUUCCCAAUACAUACACAUUUGACCUCUUUGGUGGAGUAGAUUUGCUGGUGGAGAUUUUGAUGAGACCUACUCUAACAACACUCAAGAAGCCUAAAAUGAAUGAUGACUUGGUGAAGGACUGCCUAAGUGUGCUUUAUAACUGCUGUAUAUGUACGGAAGGGGUCACAAAAAGUCUCGCCGCCAGGGAUGAUUUCGUCUUGUUCCUCUUCACGUUGAUGACCAAUAAGAAGACCUUUCUACAGACUGCCACUCUAAUCGAGGAUAUUCUUGGUGUCAAAAAGGAGAUGAUUCAGCUGGAGGGAAUCCCAAACCUGUCUGGUCUAGUUCAGAGCUUUGACCAGCAGCAACUCGCCAACUUCUGCCGCAUCCUCUCUGUCACCAUCUCUGAGCCUGACGUGGGCAACGAUGACAAACACACCCUCCUGGCCAAGAACGCUCAGCAAAAACGUAAUGCCAGCCCCUCCAGAGCCGAAGUCAACCAGGUCACGCUCCUGAACAUCCCUGGUUUUAUCGAACGACUCUGUAAGCUGGCCACGCGGAAGGUUUCCGAGGCCACCGGGACAUCUAAUUUUCUGCAGGAGUUGGAGGACUGGUACACCUGGCUGGACAACGCCCUGGUGCUGGAUGCACUCAUGCAGAUGGCCACCGAUGAGGCCGAGCACAGCAGCACGGAGUCGUCGGACGAGAGCACGCUGGCCACCAGUCCUCUGAGACAUAGGCUUCCUCAGUCUAUGAAGAUUGUCCAUGAGAUCAUGUAUAAGGUUGAGGUGCUGUAUGUACUGUGUGUGCUCCUGAUGGGCAGACAGAGAAACCAGGUACACAAGAUGCUGGCAGAGUUUCGUCUCAUCCCUGGCCUCAACAAUCUUUUUGACAAGCUCAUUUGGAGAAAGUACACGUCCUCUAAUCACGUGGUUCACGGUCAGAAUGAGAACUGUGACUGCAGUCCGGAAAUCUCAUUUAAAAUCCAGUUCUUACGCCUACUCCAGAGCUUCAGUGACCACCAUGAAAAUAAGUACCUGCUGCUGAACAGUCAGGAGCUGAAUGAGUUGAGUGCCAUCUCUCUGAAAGCUAACAUCCCAGAGGUGGAAGCUCUGGUUAACACAGACAGGAGUUUAGUGUGUGACGGUAAGAAAGGGCUUCUGACACGUCUGCUCACCGUCAUGAAAAGGGAACCGCCAGACUCUUCCUUCAGGUUCUGGCAGGCCAGAGCAGUGGAGAGCUUCCUCAGAGGAGCCACCUCAUAUGCAGACCAGAUGUUCCUGCUGAAGAGAGGCCUGUUGGAGCACAUCCUAUACUGCAUCAUUGACAGUGGCUGUAAGUCAAGGGACGUGCUACAGAGCUACUUCGACCUGCUUGGGGAACUCAUGAAAUUCAACAUCGAUGCCUUCAAGAGAUUCAACAAAUACGUGGACUCGGAGGAAAAGUUUCAGACCUUCCUUAGCCAGAUCAACAGCUCGCUCGUGGACUCCAACAUGCUAGUACGCUGCAUCGUCCUGUCACUGGACAGAUUCGAGAGCCAGACAGAGGACGUGAAAGUGGUUGAAGUGCUUUCUGAGUGCUGUCUCUUAUCGUACAUGGCCCGGGUGGAGAACAGACUGUCCUUCCUCUUCAGGCUGAUCAACAUCAUCAACGUACAGACUCUUACGCAGGAGAAUGUUAGCUGUCUUAACACCAGUCUGGUGAUUUUGAUGCUGGCCAGAAGGAGGGGGAAACUGCCGUUCUACCUGAACGCGCUGAGGGAAAAGGAGUACGCUGAGAAGUACCCGGGCUGUCUGCUCAACAACUUCCACAACCUGCUGCGCUUCUGGCAGCGUCACUACCUCAACAAAGACAAAGAUAGCACUUGUCUAGAAAACAGCUCCUGCAUUCCCUUCAGCUUCUGGAAGGAGACGGUAUCAGUGCUGCUUGGAACAGACAGGACUUCUCUUUGUGCCAUAGCCAGCUACAUAGAUGAGCCUUACAUGGAGCUCGACCAGGACCUGCUUGAGGAUUGAUGUACUAGGGGCUGGGGUCGGGCAAAGGAACGGGGGAAAAUCCAGGGAAGAGGGAUAACCCGACGUGGAAAUGGAAGCUCCAGAGAGGAUAUCCUCAGCAGGCUCUGGUCCACAGAACUGUCACUGCCCCCUCAGUACACUCAGCUGCAUGCAGAGGUUCAUCAGCGUGGCAUCCAGUCUUUUGCCUGCGACC